GUCCUUUCCUGUAUAUUUAAGAUACCGUCCGGGCUUCCGCCUUCUUCUGAUCUAUUUUGCCACACAUAUCAAAUACCAUAUACCACAGCUCUAACCUAUACAACAUCAUGUUGCAGACCCCAAACCGAACAACAACCUUUCCUCAUCAACAACAACAACUCAACACAUACACACAACACCUACAACCCGGCCCAUACGACCGCAUGCGACACACAGCGACACCAUUCCACGCCGACGUGAACAAUAGCGCACACGACAUCGACCUCGACUCGGAACUCAACUACCAGAGCUUGUCGUCAUCGCCAGUCUCGACACAGUCGCUACUCUCGCAGUAUUCGGGUGUGGGUUCUUCGCCUUUGUCGACCUUUGACAGCAUUCCGACACCGACGCUGGGAGGACUGAGAGGAGAUCUAGAGGGCUCUUUGUUCGAAUACUCGCCACAAAGCAACCAGGCCACCCUCGCAGAGUCAUCUGCCUCGCUUUUCCCAAACCUCGACCUGAUGCAAACGGAUACGUGGAUGCCAAACGGCCUCACCCCUAGGUCGGUCGGUCGAUUCUCACAUCACAGAGAGUCUUCGCUGUCUUCUCUGGGUUCGAAUGGUCCAGCUUCUCCAUAUUCGCACAACACCACCAAUCCUCAGAUCGCGGUAACGGAUUCUCUGGGUGAAUACCACGGCUUGCCAUCACAGGAAGACUUCAACUACCAGCUUGCACCAACAAAGCCGUUUCCCGGUGUGACACACGACAACUUCUACGCCAACCUCGGGACAUAUGCCUCGGCCGGUCCAACGGCUAUCAACUACCCACAAGUAGCUACGGCUCCGAAGCGGAGGGACGACCGAGGGUUGCUUCAGCCUUCCGAGAACCCGAUUGGGUCUAACCGGUCGCAGCCCGUAUCGGUGGCGAGCUCUAUUAAUUCUGACUCACCCGCCACCCCAGCAGGUGACCUCGAGGAAGACAGGAGGAACAAGAAUGCAGUCAUGCACACCGUUCCCAAACUCGACCGCACUCUGACGGAUGUUUAUGCCGAUGAGCUCUACAACCCAGACUUCACCCUCACAAACACAUCGGCAUCUCAGCUCCCAGUAUCACCAACAAACGACUUGUUUGUACAGCGGAUCCAGGCUGCCAACAACCAGCACUUGACAGCAACAGUCAAUUCACCGGCCUCAGCGACACCACGGGAUCGAUCACCAUUCCGCCACGGCUCACCGCACGCGCCCUUGCCAGUGCAUGAUUUCUCAUCCAUGGGAGCUUCACAAGCUCGCUUCGGGUCGGCUCAGCAGAUGCGUGAGCAGAGCAAGGCGCUUCAGGACGCCCGUGUUAUGCAGCAACAACUGUCUCGCGCUGCGAGUGCCACCACACCACCAACUACCAUCUCACCCAAGGACGCCAUGCUUGAGUUUCACGAGUCGGAUGGGGACAACAACUUCCCACUGUUCCCACCACAGUCGAGCACCUUCAACGUGGAUGCCAUCACCAAGGCCACCAGUGCCCCCAGCCAGCCGGCGUUCAACGGGCUUUCUUUGGAUACCACGGCCAUGUUCAACAACUACCUGGCCUCUGGCCUUCCCAACAACAUUCAGGUGCCGCAGCAAUACCCAUUCAUCGCACGCCCACAGCCACGACAAGAGAGCGCUGUGCCAUCGCUGAGCAAUGCCUCGCUCAACACAUCAAGAGUCAGCUCUGUCGAUACCGGUCUGGACUCUGUCAACAGCCCACCAAAGCGGCCUGCAGAUGUCUCUGCUGACGGAGGCACGUACACCUGCACAUACCAUGGCUGCACUAUGCGCUUCGAAACCCCAGCGCUUCUGCAAAAGCACAAGAGGGAGGGACAUCGCCAGGCACAUGGCCUCAACGGUAGCAGGCAACCAAGUGGCAUGACGUCCAGUCUCAUGUCGCAGGCUGGGCCUCACCGCUGCGAUCGUAUCAACCCCAGCACUGGAAAGCCCUGCAACACUGUCUUCUCGAGACCCUACGACCUUACUAGGCACGAAGACACGAUUCACAACGCACGCAAGCAAAAGGUUCGCUGCAACCUGUGCACUGAUGAGAAGACGUUUAGCCGCGCUGAUGCCCUUACUCGACAUUACCGCGUGUGCCACCCCGAUGUUGAGUUUCCCGGCAAGCAACGUCGUCGGGCUCACGCCAGCGGGUGAAUGUCAACCGUCGCUGCAACACCACAGCGCUGCGACACGGCCCGACAGCUUGGCGAGAUCUGAAUCACGCUGCCUUCGACGACCACACAACAAGACAUCAAUCAGCAUCAUCCAUCGAUUUUGGUACCAGCCUCGCGCUGCCGAUCUGGCUGGCAUGGUGUGGAAUGACACAAUUCACAAAAGAGCGAUGCGCCAACCGACAGGCUUGGAUCGGCCCACGGAGCAUCCAAGGCUGUUGCAUCGUUCGGGCGUGUAUGGUGGUGUCGAUUGCAUCGCAAAUGACGUCGAUUGGCGCGAGCUGGCUCUGCCGCGGGGUUCCUUGUGCAUCAUCAAGCGCCAAUUGUCGGCUGUCAUUGGUUGGGAGGCCCUCAGGUGCGACCCCGCAAGAAUUCAGGGUCUAAACCACGCCGCUCCAUGGCGUCGUCCCUGCAGGGUCCAACAGGGAACCCCGGCUAUUUCUGGGCUGUCUUUGACGGAUCAGCUGGACCCUGACUUUUUUUUUGGCUGCCAUCGGCGCCCAACUCGAGCCCUUUUCGCUUCGCCAGGUUCACCUGUCAUAUGACGUCAUCCCCACCCUCGACACCACUCCGGAAUGUCUCGAUUUCGGGUUUGGGAGUUGGUUCCCCGUCAUCGAAUGGGAUCAGCGACCGUUUUCCUUUUUUUGGUGUCAAUCUUGGGUUUUUCGACCUUUUUCGGUUUCCUACCUCGAACUUGUAUGAUGUAGUGGUGGCUUUCUUUGCGGAGCAAAGCAACGCUUUUACCCGAUUUCCCGCCAUCUUCGAUGACGAUGUCGCUUUUUCAGUUCCCAACAUGGAGAGCGGUUUUUUUUCUUCACUAUUGUGUCCUAGAGCCCGGCAAGCGUGUGGGACUGCGACACUUGUACCAACAAAGUCUAUGAUGACAAUGACGGCAUUCCCAAGGGCGCUUGAUAUAAAACGGUUUUGGGACUAUGAUCGCAUGGGGUUUUUACGAUUUUUUACGAUGGAAUUCUAGCGUGUAUUAUGAAAUUAUGGGUGGCAUCAAGAAAGGGAAAGGGAUAUGAUAGAUCUGCUUUCAAAGCGCGGGCUAGCAAAGGAGUGCAUGGCUAGCGAUUUUGUUUUUGGAUUUUCUCACAACGCAUCCCGGCUAUCAGUGCUGAGUUUUGUAUCAUUUCUCUUUAUUUCUUUCUUGGUUACUAGAAAUGGCGGGUUUCUUUUCUAUAGACCCAAACAUCCCCUCGAUGGGGAGAGGUUUGGCGGGCGAGGUGUUGAUUUCACUGGGUUUCAAAUGGGUUCAUCUUUUGGGGGAUGGGAAAAAAGAGAAUGAUUACUACUGCUACAAUGAAAAGGGUGUACAGUCGAAUGUUGUACGAUGGACAGGUGGGGGGAAUUGAUUAGUAUAUUGAUGGGAAAAAGUAGAUAGCAUGAUUCUGAACAAUUAGUAUUUAAUACUCCUCACUGC